AUGACGUCCAAGCAGCUCGUCGUGGCCGAGUCCCUCUUGACCGGCUUCCAGAAGCUCAGCAGUCAGGUCUACGUGCGGCAAGGAGACCCGGGCUCACCAGAUUCCAGUCAUCCAACCACGAUCAUAAUCUACGGCUGGGGCGAUGCCCGUCCCAAACACGUGGUUAAGUACGUCGACGGCUACCACAGGCUGUAUCCUCACGCCUGCAUCGUCCUCAUCUUUUCGCCCAUCCUCAAAACCCUCUACCAGACCCUUGAGUCCCGCUCGCGGACCAUGAUCCCUGUCAUUCAAGCCGUCUACCCGGACGUGCUCGAUACCAAGAUCGAGAAGAGUCGGGAGCUUAAGCGAGUGCUGCUGCACGUCAUGUCCAACACGGGCGGCAUGAACUGCGCAGCAACUAUGAACGCCUACCACAAGCUGACCGGUGGCCAUGUCUUCCCUCACGACAUGCUUGUCUGCGACUCGACCCCAGGCAGUACGGCUUUCCUCCCGAACGUCGGUCCCUGGUCUCGCGCCAUGACUCUGGGCGCCUCCAGCUGGCUGCCCUGGCCCUUCUUCGUCACCCAGGCCCUGGCAGCUAUCUUCCUGGGCUGCCUACACGGCUUUGGCUGGCUGAUCGGCGCUACCAGCGCUGCUGAAUGGAGCACAAAUGCAGUCAACGACCCCAAGAUGUCAGACACAUCCGCUAAGCGGCUAUACCUCUACUCCAAGGAGGACGACAUUAUCCACUGGGCAGACAUCGAGAAGCACGCUGCCGACGCCAGGCAAAAGGGCUGGAGCGUGUCUGCCGAGCUCUUCGAAGGCACGCCUCAUGUUGGACACAUGCGUGCCCAUCCCGAGCAGUACUGGAACGCCAUCGCCAAGGCAUGGGAAGAGGUUGUGAGCAACAAGAUAAGGUCAAAGUGA